AUGGCUCGUGCAGCUUCCCGUCGGCAGGUCAAGCCCGAUCCCUCGCCGGCGAUCAACCUCAUCGGCAAGUACGGCCGACUUUCCAAGACGCAGCCUGUUCCCGAGGACAGUUCUGUGAAGAAGGCCUUCUAUAUCGAACUAGCCAGCUCUCGCCCAGUUACGACUGUGGAAGUUACGACGGAGAUCAAGAUCGAACCCAGCCCCGAGAGGGCCAUUCCUCCCACGCCAAGCUCCUCUAGAAAGCGCAAGGUCAGAUCCAUUGAAGACGAAACCCCCGCUAGGCAAACCAGGAACAACGUCCUGUCGCCUGAGGUUCUGAAGCGUCAGCGACUCUGCAAGGAUGAGCCUGCUCCUGUCAUCGAGGAGCCCGCGUCGGCAACAACCACCCUCUCACCCCGGAACACAUCAUCUACUCUUGCCGACACCCGCCGAAAGUCACGCAAGUCGGACGUCAUAUCCCAAGCAAAGUCCGAGGUCCGCAAGGCCAACCAAAAGGUCAAGCGGUCGAGGAACCACGAUGCAUCCGCCAAGCCGGAGGUCAAGGAGGAGACGACCAGAAAGCAAUUGCCAGCUGAGCUCCUUGAGCUUCUCGGCCUCCAGCGGGCGAUUCUGAAGACCGUCUCCCUUCAACUGGUGCACCAAAACAACAACACACCCCUCGACAUCAGCAGCAUUACACCGCACGUCGCCCGCACCUGGGGCAAGCGUAGGGUCACAGUCGACGACAUCCGAACAUGUAUAGCAAUCCAGGACGCGAAUCCUGCCGGCCGGGAAGACGGAUUCAUGGGCUCCCCCUUCAUAGUGACGGACUACGGGCGCGGCAAGCUCUGCCUCGAGAUGGACCCGACCAAGAACACCAGCCACAUCGACGAGGAUCAGCUGUGCAGGCAGUUCGAGGAGAACCUGCACAUCAUGUGCGCCCAGCGAGCCACGGAUGAGAUGUCCGACCUGGACCUAUGCUUCGAGAGCUUGACCUUUGACGACCUCCCCAAGUCCGACAUCACCGUCCGCCAUACCGCCAUCUCCCAAAACCCCGUGUUCGCCAAAGGCCAGCGUGCCCUGGGCGCGCUCAAGGACGGCAUCCUGCAGAAGAAGCAACAGAAGGAGGCACAGGUGGCGGCCACGAAAUGCCCGGCUCUCAAACCCGACGGUACCAAGAUGAGUCUUCUCGACAGGCUGCGCGCCAAGGAAGAGGCCAACGCCCACAUCCAGCUGCCCAGCGGUCCCGAGCUUGCGAGGCAGCGAGCACUGGCGCGUGCCGUUGACAUUGCUGCCAUCAUCUCGAUGCUCGUGUCUUCGUCGAACGUGGCCGGCCAGCCGGUUAUGUCGUUUACGAUGCUCGUUCUGCAGCAGAAGCUAAAGGAUUCCGUGCGGGUGCCGAUGCCCGUGGAAGAAGGUAUCCAGACGGUGCAUCUGCUCGCCAACGAGGUUGCACCUGAGUGGUUGAGAAUAGCCAGCGUAGGCGGCAAGGAGCACGUCGUCGUCCAGACAAGACGGAAGCCGUACGAUACGGAGCUCGCCGCGCGGGUGAAUAGACUCUCUGUAUAG